AUGGCUUUGGGCUAUGAUGAAGAGGUGGCAUUGAGGGCUAUUUUGAAGAACGAGCAUGUUAUGGUGGGGUGGACCACCACUGGAGCCCAGGAUGAUCCCGAGCCAUCGUUUGCUGACCUGAUGCGGCUGGAGGAGUGCUCACUUGCCAGCAUGGUUUGCCCCACAGGAACGUGGCCAUGUUUGCUACGGGUUUCUGAGCAAACACAAAGCAGUUUUACGGCACCUGAACCAGAAAGACAAAAUGAUCCUGAGCUGGUGGCUCCUUCCAUGUGCAAGAACAUCAUCUCAGUAUCUAAUGGCCAGCGGGCAACGCCCGAAGACAGCUCAUCGAUCAGAGAGGUUCAAUGA